AUGCCUCCACGAGUCCCGCCAGCAAAGCGCUAUACGAGGCGAAUUAUCGAGGAUGAAGAAAGUGAUGAGCUUCCAGAAGACGAGCAAUACGACGAGGACGAAGAAGAGCAAAUGGACGAUAUGGAUGAAGAUGAGGAUGAUGUAGACGAACUCGAUGAGGAUGAAGACGACUAUGCCUAUGAGACGCCUAAAAAGACGGGGCUCAAAAUAAAGCUCAACGUUAGUGCUCCAAAGGGCAAGUCGGGUGGUACAACAGUAUCAACGCCAGGAGAAACGCCGCCGUACGCAAUGCCGCGAAAGCGAGGGCGAAAGAGUCGUGUCAUUGCUGCUUCCGACGACGAAGCGGAGGAACAGGAGGAAGAGGAAGAUGCCGAGGCCGAUUUUGUUGCUUCAGUCCCCACUGCGCAACCAACACGGAUGACGGCACGUCAAGCUGCUCUCGCUGGUGGAGGUGGUCCAGUAGAGCACGUCUCUCUUGAGGAACCGCCCAAUCCUCGCAAGCGAAAAUGGACAGAAGAGGAGAUUGCAAUGCGCCGUGAAGAAGCGGCGAGAAAACGCAAGCUCAAGGGCGCACAACGACAAGAGGACGAGAAGCAAAUGAUCAUCAACCGUCUCAUCAACAAAGGCUCCGGUGGCAAACGAGGACGCUGGGCAAACAAGCAAGCGGCAAAGGAAAAGGAGAAAGAGCCUACACCCGAGGGGGAAGACGCGGGUGAAGAUGAAGGGGAGCCAACGGGUGCGGCUGGAGAGGGGACCGAAGCAGGCGAGGGCAACGAAACUACGAGCGGUGCAGAAGAAGAGGAGGAGAAUGGUCCAACGACGGGUGCUGGUGCUCCACAGCGUCCAGCGACGCGAGGGCGAGGCGGGUGGAGAGGUCGUGGUCGCCGGGGGAGAGGGGCGCGUCUACCUCCUCCACCAGUCAAGAUGCAUAUCCCUUAUAUGCGCUGGAUCAGCGGCAUGCGGGACAUUGUCGUUGAGGACGACAGCCUCAAGCCUGGGACUGAACCUUCAACAACGGCUGGAACAGUCGAUGAAUCCGGGUCUGCUGAAGAAAGGCCGGUGCCAAAGGAGAAGGAGCCGUACAUCUCUUUAUCUAUCCCGACCGAGCUACUCGCUGCAACGUCGAUCAGUGAUCCAGAACCUCCAUUGCCGGCAAAGGCAGCGUCAACAUGCGCUGUACAGGGAUGUAAUCAAGCGAGAAAGUACAAGCUUGUCGGAAGUCCUGAUCCAGAGGUCGGCGCAUGCGGCAUGGCGCAUCUCACCACAUUACAGAACUCGGUAUCCGUUAGUUGA